AUGGCGGCUCAGGUGCAAGCUCAGCCUCAGAAUGCUAUUUCCGGCGUCAAUCCUGCGGCGAACGGUGGUGCCAAUUUUGUGACUACUUCUUUGUACGUUGGAGAUCUGGACCUGAAUGUCACGGAUUCGCAGCUUUAUGACAUUUUUAAUCAGGUGGGUCAGGUGGUUUCGGUUCGGGUUUGCCGAGACUUGACGACCCGGCGAUCUCUCGGUUAUGGUUAUGUCAACUACAGCAACCCACAAGAUGCUGCAAGAGCAUUGGAUGUGCUGAACUUUACCCCUUUGAAUGGAAAGCCUAUUAGAGUUAUGUAUUCUCACCGUGACCCAAGCAUUCGCAAAAGUGGGGCUGGAAAUAUAUUUAUCAAGAAUUUAGACAAGGCCAUUGACCACAAAGCUCUACAUGAUACAUUUUCUGCAUUUGGUAGUAUCCUGUCUUGCAAAGUGGCUUUAGAUUCCUCUGGCCAGUCAAAAGGCUAUGGUUUUGUGCAAUUUGACAAUGAGGAGUCUGCUCAGAAAGCAAUUGAGAAGCUGAAUGGCAUGCUGUUGAAUGAUAAGCAAGUUUAUGUAGGACCCUUUCUUCGUAAACAAGAAAGAGAUGGUGUUGUUGACAAAUCCAAAUUUAACAAUGUAUUUGUAAAAAAUCUUUCUGAGACAACCACUGAAGAGGAUUUGAACAAAGCUUUUUCUGAAUUUGGGACACUCACCAGUAUUGUUGUGAUGAGGGAUGCUGAUGGCAAAUCAAGAUGCUUUGGAUUUGUUAAUUUUGAAAAUGCUGAUGAUGCUGCUAGGGCAGUUGAUGCCCUUAAUGGAAAGUUAGUUGAUGAUAAGGAGUGGUAUGUUGGGAAAGCACAGAAAAAAUCUGAAAGAGAAGUUGAGUUAAAGCACCGGUUUGAACAAACUAUGAAAGAGGCAGCUGACAAGUACCAGGGGGCAAAUUUGUACAUUAAAAAUUUAGAUGAUAGCAUUGGUGAUGAUAAGCUUAAGGAACUGUUUGCUCCAUUUGGCACAAUCACCUCUUGCAAGGUCAUGCGUGACCCCAAUGGUAUAAGCAGAGGUUCUGGAUUUGUUGCAUUCUCAACCCCUGAAGAGGCAUCUAGAGCUCUUAUUGAGAUGAAUGGCAAAAUGGUUGUUAGCAAACCAUUGUAUGUAGCACUUGCACAGCGGAAGGAAGAUAGAAGAGCCAGAUUGCAGGCUCAGUUCUCUCAAAUACGGCCAGUUCCCAUGGCUGCUUCAGUUGCCCCUCGGAUGCCAAUAUAUCCCCCUGGUGGUCCAGGUAUUGGACAGCAGGUGUUUUUUGGUCAAGGUCCUCCUGCAAUGAUUCCUUCUCAAGGUGGCUUUGGUUAUCAGCAGCAGCUUGUUCCUGGUAUAAGGCCUGGUGGAGGACCAAUGCCAAAUUUCUUUGUUCCAAUGGUUCAGCAGGGUCAGCAAGGCCAGCGCCCUGGUGGCAGACGUGCAGGAGCUGUCCAGCAAACUCAGCAGCCUGUUCCAAUGAUGCAACAGCAGAUGUUGCCUAGAGGAGGACGUGUCUAUCGCUACCCCCCUGGAAGAGGUUUGCCUGAUGUACCCAUGCCUGGUGUUGCUGGAGGCAUGUUUUCCGUUCCAUAUGAUAUGGGAGGUAUGGCAUUGCGUGAUGCGGCACACUCUCAACCUAUCCCUAUUGGUGCUCUGGCUUCUGCUCUGGCAAAUGCUACACCAGACCAACAGAGAACAAUGCUGGGAGAGAAUCUUUACCCGCUAGUGGAACAGCUGGAGCCUGAAAAUGCGGCCAAGGUGACUGGAAUGCUUCUGGAGAUGGAUCAGACUGAGGUUUUGCAUUUACUCGAGUCCCCAGAGGCUUUGAAGGCAAAAGUAGCCGAAGCUAUGGAGGUUUUGAGGAAUGUUGCCGCAGCUCAGCAGCAACAAGCUGGCAAUGCAGCGGAUCAGCUAGCUUCUCUGUCGCUGACUGAGAACCUCGUGUCGUGAGUUGCUUGUGUGUUCAUAAAGCUCCCCUGAUUCAUGAAAAGAAACGUGUAGUAGUUGUGUGAUACGAUUGACUGGUUUGUUUAUUUGUGGAGACUGCGGUACUGACAUCAUAUUUGUUUGUACUGGUUUUUAUCUCCUGAAGACUGCUGACAUUUUCUUUUGUUUUUAGUUUUUGGUACUCUCUUUUUCCGUAGGAUGAAGGCUUUUUGUUUUUGUUUUUUUUUGUUUUUUUUUUUUCUGUUUUAACAUUAAUCCGAGGUAGUGCUACUGUCUUCUGUUA